UGUGAGCGCGUCCCUUCUUGCCGAGCAACUGAAGACGUACGAAGCAAGAGUGCGCUGAAUAGUCCGUCGCUCGUGCGCAUGUUCAUCGUCCUCUCCUGCAGUAUCGAUGACUCGUGCGAGCUUCUCUGGCGGUGCCUUCUGCCGUAGCCAGUCACCCGCGUAAAGAGCCGCUGCAACUCAGCUUGUGAGCUGUUGAUCUUGUGAGCCUUGCAAAGGGAGCGCACGAGGAACUAUGAGGACGAUGCCAAUAGCCAGCCAUGUCUUCUGUCUCGGCGACAGGCUGUUCAUGCUCGAUUCGUCGCUGGCUUUCGACUCGCUCGCUCGCAUUCUCGCGACGAUGUCAUGCAGACCGAUGACGCCGACAAGCUCUUCCAGGCCGACGUAGACGCAGCUAGAUUCGAAGCUCGCCAGCAAAAGGCAAAAGCAACUGUCCACCUCGGCGACCCCAUCAAGCUUUCUUCAAAGCCGCUCGACUUUGUGCUCCAUGGCGAUGAUGUCUGGUUAGCAGAAAGUGGCUUCACUGCUCGCUGUAUCGACCUCAAGACAGGCAAGACUAAGCACGUGUUCAGGGGAGGACACAGCGGUCCUGUGACGUGCUUGGCGCUAUGGCAAACGAAGUCAAGAUUGCUGCUGUUUACAGGCUCUUGGGACAAGACCAUCGUCCUGUGGGACGUCAAGACGUAUGCCAUACUUGCGCGGAUCCAGAAUGCGCACACAGACUUUGUCAAGUGCUUGCUCAUCGUUCCUUCGCUCUCUGUACUCAUCUCUGGCGGGUCUGACAAAGAUCUUCGCUACUGGGAUCUGCGCACGCUCGAGACUGCCGACUGGACGCCUUUGAUCGACUACAAAUUCGACACCGAGACAGAUGAGGGUGACUUGGUCAGACCGACAGGUCUCUUGCCGCCCGUGCGUGCGCCUUUAAGACUCAUGGGCAACGACGUCAAGGGCUAUCCUGCGCCACUGCACAUGCCCCAAGCUGGUUCUCAAGCACACACGCGUCCGAUCGAAUGCUUGGCCUGUUCUGCAAUCAGCAGCAGCUCGAAGGAGUACGCGUUGUGGUCAGCAGACAGCAUGGGCAAAGUCUGCUCAUGGCGCUUGAUGCGAAACGAAGACAGAGUUGUGGCGACCUUUGCUUGGCAAGCGAGAUUACACGAAACGGCUAUAUACGCAUUGUCACUUGCUGAAGACGAGCUAUGGACUGCAUCGGCCGACAAGGAUGUGCUCAUGUCGAGUGUCACUUUGGAUGACCCCAGCAAGCCGCCGAUGCCGCGGCUGCGCAUCCGACACCCAGAUUACGUCAAAUCGGUCUUGCCCUUGGCCAAUUGCCUACCUGGCGCACAUCAUGUAGUCACAGGCUCAUCAGACGAAGCCAUACGCAUCUUCGAUCUGGCUAUGCUCGAUAGCUUGACAGAAGCCGAACGAUUGACGGGACUGAAAGCAAAUGCACCCAAGGGAUUGAUAAACGAAGUGCAAGCGCACUUUCACGAUGUCGUGCAUCUCGCAAUAUGGACAGAAACUACAGCUGCCGGAAAGCGUCACCCGUGGUUGCUGACUGCGAGCUUCGAUGCUACUCUGCGCAAGGCGAGCGCUGAGAGAAUCAAGCGAGACGCUCUAGCUGAACGGCGCUGCAGUGGCCAUGGCCGGACGUGCUCACUUUCGCCCCGGCACCUGCUGAGGCAGCACCAAAGCCGGAAACUGACACACUCACGGCCGAAGAAGAAGCAGAGCUCAACGAGCUGAUGUCCUGAAGUCUAUUUUGCAGCGUCUGGCUGCGUAUCCGCCCAGUCGAGCAGAUCCUGCAGCAGCCGGAUUGCGCCGGUCUUGUAGCUCGAGCCAAACAAGACAUAGUGCUACUCGUUAUGCAUCAGCAUGCGCGCGUGCCGAGAGGCGUUGAGGCCCACAUUGAUAUGAUGGUAGACUUCAUAGAGCUUCAUGCGCUCUUCGUAGUAGGGCUGGCUUUUGGGCAAAAUCGAAUGAUAC